CCCCCAGUGUAAUGUAUGACGUACCAAAGAGAUCCAUUACAAUCCAAUUCGAAUCCAUUCCAGGUUCCAGGCCUGAAGGAGAGUUACGAGAGUGUAAAACAGGACGCCUUCAAGGGAAACUUCAUUUUAGUGACCUCCCGGGAAGAGUACGACUUCCCGCUGUACUCGGCGUUCUACAACAGGUGGGACCAGGCGGGACAGCCGCAGUACAAACGGCAGUCGGUGCUGCUCCCUCUGAAGGACGUGGUGACAGCUGUAGAAACACAGUCGGAUCCUAACUGGAAUGUGUACAGGGAGUUCAUCAGUGACGACCUGACGAGUUUCUGGAACGCCAGCACCGACAUCAAGGCCAUGUUGCUGACUGACACAUUGAGCUUGCGUGGAAGAGGCAGACUCAACCACGGGGUUGAUGACAAAAUGGUCCUGACGAAAGAGCGACUUGAAUUCCUCAAGAAGAUCACAGAUGUGGUCACCAGAACAGUGAUGGACCUGGCUAAGUUCAAGGACACUUGUAAAGAUCCCAUGACAGAAGCUCCUGCAGCCUUCAGAAAAGGUUUCCAAAUGAGCGGGACACUUGCCAUGCCUCAGGGAGGCCAAGACGUGACCAUCACGGUGGACGAGUUCACGCCCUCGGGAUGGAUGGCGAUAACUGUGGUGUUCGUGGUUUCUGGAGGAGUACACAAAUAUGCAGGGCGCUUCAAUCCGGAUGACAACCGCGUGUCACUGUGGGUUCCAGACCCUGAGUGGGACUUAGUAAACUGUUUCUUGUCAGGCCACCUACAUGAGAUGAACUCGGGAGUACUGUUUACGGGGGAACUGAACGGAAAGUGUGGUGACUAUUGGCCUCAUGAUGUCCUCACAAUAGUAGCCAGCGACUCCGGAGGAUCGUGUGGCUUGACCCCAUCAAGCACUACGGAAAAUCUGCGCUCGCUUCUGACCAACCAUUUCAACGGAAACCGUCAUCACGUAACCAACCCCGAAGGGAAGAAGGCCGCAGCGGAUUACAUCCACGCCACUCUGAAGAGUUACGGCAUGCAGAUUUACGUCGACAAGUUCCACACAGAGAACUCAGGGUACAAAGGUAAGAAUAUCGUAGGGAUAUGGCGAGGCAUCAAUUCUGAAGGAACCGGAGAUCAGAGUUCAGACAAGCCCGUGAUUCUGGGAGCUCACUACGACACCUGCAGGGACAACCCGGGAGUGGACGACAAUGGAUCUGGUCUUGCAGCUCUGCUGGAAGCCGCUAGGGUCAUCUCAACACAGCCGUGUGUCCCGACUCACUCCGUCGUCUUUGUCGCGUUUGAUCUUCAAUGUCGCGAUAACAAUGACGACACGGCGUGCUCUAAAGGACAGUGUGGGAGCAAGUUUUUCGUGGAAGAGACUCUUGUCCCAUACUUGGCCUCCCUUGACAUUAAAUCAUCGGACAUUCAGGGUGUCAUCAUAAUGGACUCCAUACUCAACUACAACAACACGAAAAACUCGCAAACAGCUCCUCCAGGCUUCGAAAACACUCCAUUGUGGGAAGAUGUGUAUGUGGCAGAAGAAGAAGAUGGCGUCCGAGGAAAUUUCAUCGCUAUAUUCAGCAGGCAGGGUUACGACCAGCCGCUAUACUCCAUCCUCCACGACAGGUGGAACGAGGAAUGUAAUCCACAGUACAAAAGACGGGAUGUGCUUAUUCCCUACAAAAACAUCGCCGAUGAGACAGAUACAGCCUCGAAUCCUUACUGGCCUGUGUAUCAAGAGGCUUCAAUGGACCUCGCCAGCUUCUGGAAAGCCAGCGGUGACAUCAAGGGACUGCUCUUGUCUGACACCGAACAAUAUCGUGGUAGAGACGUUGGCCGUCACGAGAAACUACCCCUCACGGACGACAGGCUUGGGUUCCUGAAGAAGAUAACAAACGUGGUGACCAGGACCGCGAUGGACUUGGCUGGCGAAAGGAGAUGUAACGCCCAACCCGAUACAAUUCCGGAAGGGUUUAUCGAGGGCAUCAAAUUGGAUGGAAAAGUAUCUCUGCCAGGAGGAGACAAAGACUACAGUUUUGUGGUCAAUACGUUCACGUCUUCUGGAAGGGUGGAUGCUACUCUUUCCAACAGCACAUGGAGCAUCGACGUGUCAGGUCAUUUCAUCCCCAAACAACAAGUUCUGUUGCUGCGUUUGCUGGAACCUGAGUGGGAGUCACUGUCAUGUGUGAUCUCGGGACCCUUGGUGAACAGCGGAUCAGGCGUGUUGUAUUCGGGUGCCAUUCACGGCUCGUGUAGCGGUGCCUGGCCGGAGGGCCAUGUUGGCUUCACCCUGAACAGUGGUGAGCAAACUGUCGGCGGAGGUGUAGGGAAUGGCAGCCUUGUUGUUAUCGGAAUAGUUGUUGGAGUCGCCCUCUCGCUCGUGGUUGGUGCUGCUGUGUGGUACCUUCGUAAGAGGCGGCCCAGGCAGGAUGGACCAAACUUCCAACCAUUGACUGAAGCUACCUAACUACCUGGCUUCAGCGUAAAAGCCCAUUCAAGAUUGCAAAUGCACAUGCGCAGGUCAAAGGUGAAGACCCCUGAGACAUAAACGAAACACGUCUGGACAUAUUGGUAUACAAAACGAACAACCGUGACCAUACACAUCUCGCGUAUAAACCUGUUUGCAAGUCAGGGACUUACACGUUUGACCUUGCGUUUGCGUACAGUUAGAAUCGUCGACCUCCUUAUUCUGAUCAAGUCCUGGGAACCUGACCCGAUGUAAAUUUGAAAUUGUACCUCAAAGUACAUAAAACAGCUUUUCCUAACAAAUUUCUCUAGAUUUGAACUUUUAAAAGUUCCAAGAUAGCAGUAAUCAUCAUAGGAAAGUAAUCGUCUUUUUGUUUAUGAUUGGUCUACCCGUCUGAUAUAUUUUUCACAAAAAAAAUUAAUACCGUCUAUAAUUGAUAUUUUAGAUUGACGUAUGUAUGGCCUUAAUCUAUUUUCAUAGUUGCUGACAUUGGUGUCGCUGCCGUCUACUUCAAUAAAGGGAUAAAAAACACGUAAGGAAUCACACAUAAGGUCGUAUGCAGUUAUGGCCAGCUGUUAAAUCAGCAAAUAUAAAGAAGCGGUGCAAGACAACAAUGCAAAAUGAACGAAGUACAAAGGAAACUAUCAUUCCACUUCUAUUAAUCAAAUUCACCUCUGAAAACUGAUAUAUUAGACAUGAAUCGUAGUGCUAUAAUAUUAAGAAUAUAGAACAUUUAUGUGAGGCAAAACAGGAUACCACACUCAAGUCACCACGAAUUUAGAAUUACUUUUUAUCUAACAAAUUGACAAAUGUGUUGACCACUUAUGUAGUAACCAAGCGAUUGAAUAUAGUAAACAACGGAAAAAGAAUGGUUAUUGUCAAGAAUUUAGAAGUUAUUUUUUCCUAUCUAAUGAAAUCAAGGAAAUGAACUGAAUGAUGUGUGGAUCAUUUAUGUAGCAACUAAGCGUUUAAAAUUCGAAUUAACACCGGUAAAUAAAUGGUUUAAGUGUUUGAAAUUUAGAAUUUUUCUUUCUAUCUAAUGAAAUGCAUAACACGUGGGGACCAUUUUUGUAACAAGCAAAUAUUCGAAUAAAAACCAAUUUAUGCACGAUGGAA